AUGGCUUUUCAGGUCCAUAAAGAUGUCUUCUCGACUGAUCUGCCCACACAGGUUGCAUCUCUUCAUAUGGAUAUUUUCUCCAAAGAAGGUCUUGACAGAUAUGUUCUUUCCAGAGCCCUGCGAGUACGUCGAGACACUUCGUAUCUGUUCUCCGAUGGUGAUCUCUUUCAAGGUGCUUGA